AGCCCUUUUUGCUCCUUGGCAGUAGUUUGGCUGCUUGUACAUAGAGAUGGUGGAGUCAGAUGGUGAUGACACACUUUACGAGAUCUUAGGCAUCGAUGAGGACGCUCCACUGGAUGACGUGGUGAAGGCCUAUCGCCAGCGCGCGCUGGCCGAGCAUCCGGACAAGGGCGGGGACGUCGAUCGCUUUGACGCGCUGAAGAAGGCCUACGAGGUCCUCAGUGACCAGCAAAAGAGGCAAGCCUACGAUGAGAAGUUGGCCAAGGACCGAGAACGAGAAGAACUGGUCGAAGGAGGUCCCAGUGGCGGCUACUCCAAGCAACAGGUUCAAGCUCCGAUGGCUCGGGUGAAGACAGCACCCACCUUCGGCUCGAAGAGACAAGGGCGGAUGCGCACGGCGCAACCUGGAAGUGGCCCCUACUGUCCUCAGGAGUGGAAAGGUAUGGGCUCCGGGCAAGCCCUCCUGAAGAUGCUCACGGAUGAUAUCACUGCCGAAGAGAAGACUCAGAAGCUCUUAGAACAAUAUGUGGCCCUUCCGCGCUGCAAGGAAAGACGGCAGGAAUGGGCAAGUGGUCUUAGAGGCAAGGACAAGCAAGAUCUCAAAGCAGCAGCGAAGAAGAAGGAACAGCAGGAGCGUGCCAAGUGGUCUGCGUGGCUCAGUAAUGGCGUGCAAGCCGCCAAGGCUGACAGCAAGCCUAAGGCCAAGGCCAAAUCCAAGUCCAAGCCUACUCCAAAGCCGCGUCCCAGCAAGCCUGAGGACCUAGCGCCCGAGGAGUUGGCGCCGGAUUCCGGGGCGGAGCCGCGGGUGGCCCAAACGGGCUAAGCCCCCGGAGAGCGAGGUCGAGCGAUCGAUCUGCCGCGCUCGCGAUGCUAAGCCGAGCCAA